AUGUCUCGCAUCAACGUCUUUGUAUCCUACGCGGACAGCUUUGUUGGGACGCGCGUGCUCAGCCAGUUCCAGCAGUCCCCCUCCACCUACCACGUAUACGGCUGCACGUGGGACAGCGCGGCGGCGGAUAAGUUAAACGCCGCCGCUGUUGCUCGCCUCCACGCUGCAGCGGCAGCGCGCGGACUCCGCCCCGACGCGGUCGCCGCCGAUGCCGCGGGUGCCGCCGCGGCGGCACAUUCCGCCCCAGUCACGUCGGAUGAGGCGCAUCGCAGCUCCCUGCACGACAGCCGUGGGCUUCUCACCUCGUGCGAAACCUCCCGCACCGACACGGCGCCGCUGCCGAGCGACAUUGACAGGGUUGGCAUCGCUGAUGGGCCGCCGCUGACGAUUGGGGGUGGGGAGGAGGAAGAGGCCGGUCACUCCGCUCGCGUCUCUGGUACCACCGCGAACGACGCGCCUUCGUUGGCUGCUGCUGCUGCUGCUGCUCCUGCGUCGGCAUUGUUAACUUCCACUUUUUUCUCCCGACACGAUGUAGCCGCGACGCGGGCGGCGCUGCUGGCGUGUGACUGGAUUGUCGUGGAGCUGCGCCAGGCCCAAACGGUGCUGGAGGUGGUGCAGUUCCUGCAGCUGCAGUCCUCCUUUGAGCGGCCAAAGCGGUUGGUACUGCUGUCCAGUCUCAUGACGUGGUACGCCACGCCGGCGCUGACCGCUGCAGAGGCUGCGGGCGACGACGCCGACCUCAACGACGACGACGCGGCGCGCCAAGAGGACGAGGAGGCGGACGGGGACACGGAGGCGCCCUACCCCCCUCCGCCGCCGCAGUCGCUGGAAAGAAUCUUGCAGAGUGCGCAGGAUGCCGCGCGGCGCGCCGUCGUCGACGCGAUGCGGACCGUUGGCCCGGUGGAGAGCGGCGCGACCGGCAGAAACGGAAAAGGGGGCGAGGAAGAAGAGGAAGAGGAGGAGGGGGGCAACGAGGCAGGGGGGGACGCGGCGGCAGAGGUGCUAACGGAGGAUCAGUACAACCGCCGCGUGCCGCACCUGCAGUACAUGAGCUGGCGCGAUGCGGAGAAAGCCGUUGCGGCGGCCCACCACGCGAAAGGGCUCCCGCUGGACACGUUUGUGGUGUGCAGCGGACUCCCGUACGGGGGCGAGGAGGACGUGCUGGAGCCGUUGUUCCGACUGGCGUGGUCGGCGCGGCCGGAGAAGGACGACGAUGUCGCCCCGACCGCGGCGGUGACCACGGCGGCCUCGCUCGCCGCCACGCCGGCCGCCACCGCGGUGCUGCCCGUCUUCGGUGAUGGCAGUCAGCGCGUGCCGCUCGUGCACGCCCAGGACCUGGCCUGCUUUGUGCGGAAGCUGCUCUGCUGCCCCUCUGCCAACCUGCCUUUCCCCGAGCGCCGCUACCUCUUCGCCACGGACGGGGCGAACCGCAACUCAUGGAUGUCCAUCGUGAAGGGCGUGAAUAACAUGUUCGGGGGUCGCUGUGCCCUGCAACCGGUUCCCCCGCCCUCCUACCCGCUGUACCGCGACGUGGAUAAGUUUACCCUGAACCUGCGCGUGGAGGCGGAGUCGAUGAAGACCCUGAUGGAGCGGCAGGACGACAGAGAGGAGGAGGAGGCGGAGCGGGAGCGGAAGGCGUUGGGUGAGGCGGCGGCUGGCGCCGCUGCCCCUCCACGACUGCCUAACACGUGGGUCGCCGAGGGCAGCCUCCGUCGUCACCUCCGCGCCGUCGCCCACCAGUUUGCUGUUGCGCGCGGCGUCAGCCCUCUUCGCAUUGCCUUGGUAGGGCCACCGCUGGUCGGCAAGAGCUACCUCGCCGCCCGCCUCGCCCGCUACUACCGCCUACCCUGCGUCUCGCUCGACUCCGUGGUGGCCGAGUACACAGCGGCACUGGAGGCGCUGCGGACCCGCGUAGAGACGACGAAGGCGGCGGUGCUCCAGGCAGAGCGGACGCGUCGCUUGGGCAUCAAACGGCGUCGUGUGGUGGCGCGGCAGCAGCGGGAGUGGGACGCGGGGGCAGCAGCGCGGGGAGAUGCCGACCCUGCUUCUGCUGCUGCUGCGGCGGCGGGGACGAUGAUGACGAUGAGCGACCAGGAGGACGCCGCAGACGAGGUCAGCAGCAUGGACAACGAAGGCGGUCGGGGCACCGCCACCGCCGGCGGGGUGCAGCGCGAGGUCGCCGCGGCCACCUUCGCUCUCACGGCCGCGGAGGACGAGGACGUUACGCGCGUUGUGCAGGAGUGGUGGGCGGAGCAGCCGCUGGCGCAGGCGUGGCGCAGCAAGAUAGGAGAGAUGGAGCGGGUACUGCUGCUGCGGCUGCAUCCGCGGCCACCCACACCCGAUGCGAACCCGAAACGCCGCGCCGCGGGCGGCAACAGCGGCGGCGGCGCCAAGAAGAAAGGGAACGCUGUCAAAGACGCGCAGAAGUCGAAGGAAGAGGAGGAGGAGCUGUUGCAGCUGAAGGCCAGCCUCCAAAACGCACCUUUCCAGACGCGUGCGCUGGCGCUCAUGCUGCGCUGGCGCCUUGCCCAGCCGGACUGCCGCGUGCACGGCUUUGUGCUGGACGGGGUGCCGACCACGCUCGAGAUGGCCCGCCUGGUCUUUGCCGACAAUGACGCGGACGAGGCGGUGCAGCCGCCGGCGACGGAGGAGGAGGCGUUGCGGCCGCGGUACGCCGGCGAGGGGGCCGCAUCCGCCGCUGCUGCCGCCGCUGGAGGGGCCACGGACGGUGAGGAGACGGGCAUGGGCGGUGCGGGGAUGGCGGGCCCUGCGGCGGCCAAAGAGCCGGCAAGUGAGGCGCGGCUGCCGGACCACGUGGUGGUGCUGCAGGCCUCCGACACCUACCUGCUGAGCCGGCUGCGCGCUGUGGGGGUGGCGGCGGAGCAGCAGCAGCGGAAGUUAGACACCACAGCGCCCGCUCGGCACGCCGUCGACGUCGAAGCCUUUCAGAACGACCUUCAAACCUACAAACAGGAGUACGUGGAGGCAACCUACUCGGUGCUCAGCUACUUGGAGUGCGCAGGGGCGACCAUCAACGUGGAGGGCGUGCCCAAGACGGAGCGGCGCGCCGAGGUGCAUCUGGUGACCGUGGAAGGCCACGAGCCCCUCGUGCCGCCGCCACCGCCCGCCUCCGUCUUCGCUGAAACCCCUCUCGGAGACACGGAGCAGCUGUUGCAGCAGGUCAUCGUCGGCCCUCCGCACAACUUUGGAAAGAGUCUGGAGGAGCUGCAGCGCGACGCCGUGCGGCAACGCUGCUUGGAGGAGGAAGAGGAGAAGGCCUACGCGGCGCAGGUGGCCGCCAAGGUCGCCGCGGAGUCCGCGGAGUGCGCAAUGGAGCAGAGCGCCCGCAACGCGGACGACGCGAAGAUGGCGGAGCUGCGGAGGGCUGACUUGGCAGAGCUGGAGCUGCGUAAGCAACCCAUGACACGUUACUUGCAGGAGCGGGUAUUGCCCUUGCUGCACAAAGGGCUGCUGGAGGUGUGUGCGACGCGGCCGGACGACCCGGUGGACUUUCUUGCGGAGUGGAUUAUGCGCCACAACCCCCACGACGACACGUUCUGCGAUAUUUAG